AUGCCUGUCCGCCACUUGCCGGAGGAAAUUCUGAUAUUGAUAUUUGAAGAGCUUGGGCGAAGGAGAGACUUCCCAACACUGUUCGGAUGUGCUCUCAGCAGCGUGUCAUUUUCGGAGCCGGCGCUGAAAAUAAUGUACAGAAUCAAUGAGCAAUCUCCCUUGAUUACCGAGACUGACGAGCUUGAAAAUCUUCGGCGACGUCAGCCUGGCAACUUUGAUAUCAAGUCAGCUCAACAAGAGUCGCAACUUCGAAAAUGGGCCCUGCUUUGGCGAUCAAUCAUCAGAUCAAGUCUCAGCGCCACCUACAAACCAUAUUGUCUAUACAUUCGCUCCUUGAACCUUGACAAUCUAAAAGACCUCCUUCAAGAGGGCAAGUUCUCAGGCAAGAUAGAACAAGACUUUUUUGCAGGCGAACUGCAGGAUUUUCACCUUCGGACAGAGCUAAUCUGUACCCAGCCAACGAAAAACAGGCAUAAAAUUCGCCUAGUUGUGGAUUUCAUGCCUAUCCUCCAUGCAGUGGGAGAGGCUAUUACAAAGAAAACUAUGUUACUCGAAGAGCUCAGAGGUCCUAUCAGCAAGGAGUUUCUCCCACAGUGGAUACGACGGUUGCCCAGGCUGCAAGUCCUCCACUUACAGCAAGGCCAUGUUCUGACCGCAGAAGCUCAAAACGCCAUCAGAGAAAAUUGCCCUUCGUUCAGAAGUCUCGAACUUUAUGCGUGGACGGAGGCCAAAGCGGAUGAGCACCUUGCAGCCCUAUUAAGCACAACUUCUGGUUGGCAAAAUUUCGAGCUCUAUAGCGGCUCGGACAUUGGCAGGAUGUCUCUCACAGCCAUGAACCAUCAUGCAAGCACACUGACGUCGAUAAAGCUCAUGGGGCUCAACGACGAUGGAGUCAGAUCCCUUGGUUGUCUGAAGGAGUGUACUGCCCUUCAAAAACUCGAGUUGGAGGCUGCUAGAUCAUUCGUUCAACUGGAAGACCUCGAGAAUGACGCAUUCUUGAAGAUUGUAGCCUGGUUGAAUAACUGCUGCGAUCUCAAGGAGUUGGCAUUGAAUAAUUUCUAUGAUGGACCAGCGAUCCUGGCCGAAACACUGGCCACCCGCAAGUUCACUCUCACUAGUCUCUCCCUGAAUAAAUACAUUGCCAGCGGUGACAAGGCAGUCGCAUUUCAUGCAGCCAUUUCAGAACAACUUAGUCUUCAGAGAGUGUACCUGAAUGGUGAUGGGGAGGACACUACAAACGAAGAAUUGCAAGUGCUGGUCAAUGCUCUCAGCCGGCUGUCGUGUCUGCAGGUCCUGGAUUUGAAUCAGAUGUCUGACAAUUUCAAGGAUCACCAUAUCACCACCCUUGCUUUGAACCUUCCAAGUCUGGAAACGUUUUAUCCCAGUGGUUCUGCAAUCACCGAUAGUGUCUUCCAGGCACUUGCCGGACUUAAAAACCUCAGAGAUAUGCAGUUCUGUGGUGUAACACACUUCACCGCCACAGGGAUUGCCGACUUCAUCUGGACUCUUGAUUCCACAACCAACAGCGGACUGACUCUGGGCUUGUGGGCGGUCGACGCGGAUCACAUGCUGUCAAGUGAUGCAGAAGCCUUCUUGCAGGAACUGAUCAGCACAAGACUGAACGGCCGCUUCUGGGUGACAUCAUGUGGAGAAGAUUCAGACUUUGAGUCAGAAAGCGACUGA